AUGGACGCCAUCGUUACCCAAAUUCGUGAUCUGGUCCAGUCGUCCGACGAAGCCACUCGAUUGGACAUUCAAAAAGCUCUGCGCCAAGUUCAACUGGAUCUUCAGGACCCAAAGGAAGUCCUCAUGGACCUUGCGAACUCGUUCCUACUCGGCUCAGUCAUUCGCAUCGGACUGGACCUGAAGUUAUUCCGUGUGAUUGCCACGGCACAGAAGCCAUUGACGGUCCAUCAACUGGCUGAUAUCACUGGAGCAUCCGCUGGUCUACUUGAGAGACUACUCCGCUAUUUGGCCUCUAACAACGCGGUGAAAGAAGUAAGGCCCAAUGAAUACGCAGCAAGCAAUCGUACACACAUUUUUGCUAGCGAAAAGGGAGAGGCAAUGGUAUGCCAUGGCCUCGACUUUCAUGCUCUUCACAUGCUAGCAAUGCCCGAAUACUUCAAGGAGACCAACUAUCAGGACAUCACGAGCAACAAAUAUACCCCAUUCCACAAGGCAUUUAAUACAGAUCUCAAUUCCUUCGAUUGGCUUGUCCAGCACCCCGAGCAUUUCGUCCCGUUCCAAAAGGUGAUGACUUCCCUGGAGGGAUCCGAGUGGACUGAGGGAUUUGAACUUCUCGACUCCGAAGCAAAGCAUAUCCCCUCCACUCCCGCUCAGCCAUCAGAGAGAAUCUUCUUGGUGGACGUCGGAGGCGGAAAUGGUCAUCAGAGCAUUCAGCUGGGGCGCAAAUACCCGAACCUUCUCGGACGUCUGGUUUUGCAAGACCUUCCCGCUGUCGUUGGGGCUCUGUCUCCAAUUGAGGGUGUUAAAAUCGAAGCAUACAGCUUUUUUGAAAAGCAACCUGUCGUGGGUGCUAAAUUCUACUAUCUCCGCCGCAUCAUGCACGACUGGCCAGACCAAGAUGCCACUAAGAUUCUCCAAAACAUUGCAGUGGCGAUGACAUCCCACUCUCGCAUUCUCAUUGAUGAUGCUGUUCUACCCGAUACUGGGGCUGUUUGGCAGGUCACUAUGGCUGACCUGGCUAUGAUGAACAGUUGUGGUGGUGUGGAGAGAACAAAGAGGCAGUGGGAGUCACUUGCAGACGCUGCGGGUCUCAAAAUUGAACAGAUUCACUCUUACGUCGCGUCGACCUACACUUCGGUGGUGGUCUUGACUUUGAAAUGA